CUCCUUGUCCGCCCCGCCCCUGGGCUGCCCUCAGCGCCGCCUGAUUGCACUUGCGGCCUUGCUGCGUUAGCCCAGGCGGAACACCGGGAGCAAAGCCGUACAAAUAUAGAAGGCCGCGGGGUCCACCUAGUCCGGGCCAUGUCUGGCUGUCCCACUCCAGACGGAGACUGUUGCUCGCGGCGAUGCGGCGCACAGGACAAGGAACAUCCAAGAUACCUGAUUCCAGAGCUUUGCAAACUGUUCUACCAUUUGGGCUGGGUCACUGGGACUGGAGGAGGCAUUAGCUUGAAGCACGGCAAUGAAAUCUACAUUGCUCCUUCAGGAGUGCAAAAGGAACGGAUUCGGCCAGAAGACAUGUUUGUUUGUGACAUCAAUGAACAGGACAUAAGUGGACCUCCACCCUCUAAGAAGUUAAAAAAAAGCCAGUGUACUCCUCUUUUUAUGAAUGCUUACACAAUGAGAGGAGCAGGCGCAGUGAUUCAUACUCACUCCAAAGCUGCUGUCAUGGCCACCCUUCUCUUUCCAGGACGGGAGUUUAAAAUUACACAUCAAGAGAUGAUAAAAGGAAUAAGGAAAUGUACCUCGGGAGGGUAUUAUAGGUAUGAUGACGUGUUGGUGGUACCCAUUAUUGAGAAUACACCAGAGGAGAAAGACCUCAAAGAACGAAUGGCUCGUGCAAUGAAUGAAUACCCAGACUCCUGUGCAGUACUGGUCAGACGUCAUGGAGUCUAUGUCUGGGGAGAAACAUGGGAGAAGGCUAAAACCAUGUGUGAGUGUUACGACUAUUUGUUUGAUAUUGCUGUAUCAAUGAAGAAAGUAGGACUGGAUCCUACACAGCUUCCAGUUGGAGAAAAUGGAAUUGCAUAAGCCAAAUGGGAGUUUACAUACAGAGACAAAGCUUAUCUUAAUUAUUAUUAUACUUAAAUGAAACUUGACUGUAUUUUUAAAUGAAUUGAAAAUUUCCGUGAUGCCAGUUAAGUUGCCACUAAAUGCUCUACAGAUGAUCACCGUGCAUCUCAUCUGAUGCUGCCUGACAUUUGCUUCAAUUCUCAUAAUUUUAAACGACACUGCAGUGGAAUAAAAUUUUAUAAUGAAUAUUUUUAUGUGUAUUUAAAAAUUCAUAACAGCAACAUAUUUCCCUUUAAAUGAAUUCCCUUUCUAGCACACACUCCCAGAGGAAUUCCUCUCACUCUUCAGAGUUGCUGGUGAUAGGAGAAUUCAUUGAAAAACUUC